CUGACAGAUCUGAUCUAAAAGGUGAGGAGUGGAUUCCAACAUGCGGUUGAUUUGCAAAGCAAACUGUUUCUAGUUCACACAGGUCACAAGAAUUAUCAUCUCUCAAACCAAAGCUAAGAUUUGCAUUUCGCAGAGGACAACAAGUUGACAACAAUGAGUCUGGGCAGCACCAGUACAGAAUCUGAAGUUUCAGAGGAUGAGUUGGAGGAUUGUCCUUUGGGUGAGGAUGACGACUUUAGCAGCGAAAGCCCUGCAAAGAUUCGUUCAGAGCGCUCAGUGUCAUCCAGCCCCAGUGACACAGAGGGAAUCAAAACGACUAAGAGGCGUACUCGGCCUAAGCGGUCCAAAGCACGGAGAGUCGCCGCCAACAUCCGAGAGAGGAAGCGCAUACUGGACUACAACCAGGCCUUCAACGCCUUGCGCACUGUCCUCAAACACGACCUUAGCGGAAAGCGUUUAUCCAAGAUCGCCACUCUCCGCCGUGCCAUCCACCACAUUUCAACACUGUCUUUAUAUCUGCGGACACAUUCAGACACCGAAGCACAUGUGCCUCCGUGUAUCCAUACAGAGUGUUACAGACAGCCAGAAGACAACCCUUCUCUGCCCAAGAAGACAGGAACUUUCCAGGAACCGAUGGAAAACUACACUCCCCAUCAUCCAGAGCCCCUCACAGUUUCUCCAGAGAUACCUGGGAUUUUGUACCAGGACAUAUCGAACUCUGUACCAUCUUCUCACUAUGGUCACUGCGCAACCAACAGUCAGGUACACGUGAGCCAUGGAUGCUACAGUCACCACUGGGAGGACCAAAGCAGUGAUUACUACAGUGGAGGAGCUGGAUAUCAACAUGGGACGAGGGUCACCUGCCAUCAGAAUCAUUUGGACACUUAUGCAGACUCUGCUAACCCGUCUUUGGCUUGGCAGCUAGGUUACCUUCAGUAUCAUGGAUACCAACAAUCCCUGAGUAUGCACUGACUAAAUGCUAGAAUUAUGUUGAAAAACAUUAGCAAUCUAUAAAUAUAGUAAUGUGAAGAUUAUGUUUGGAUCCAUUGCUCAGGUUAAAAAAAAUA